AUGCACUCCAACAAACCGGGGCCGCUCUCUGAAAUGGGGCUUCGACUCGGGCUGUUCGGGUUCAAUCUAGGAACCAGGGAGGCAUUGAUCUGGGAUGAAGGCAACGUCCGCUUUUCGAUGACAAGCGUCAAGGGCCUAGGUGAUGCCGUGGUAGGGGUUUUGCGCAAUCCCGAGGCCACGGCAGACAAGUACCUUUUGGCGUCUUCGUUGACUGUGUCUCAAAACGAGAUCUUGGAUGCCUUGGAAAAGGUGACCGAGUCCAAAUGGACCGUGAAGCGCACUACAACGAGCGAGCAGUUGGAAAAGGGCAGGAGUUUGCUUGCUGCUGGUGAUCCAACCGGAGCUUUUGCUCUAAUUUCGGCGGGGUAUUGGGGUAAUGUGCCUGGGAUUGAACAUGCCUAUGACGGAGAGGGAACCUCGUCAAGCGAACUGCUCGGUGUAGCCCCAGAGUCUAUCGAGGAAACAAUUAACAAGGCUCUCGGCAAUAGCUAG